GCGGAAGCGGCGGCGCGAUGGCGGCGGCGGCGGUGUCCGAGCCCUGGCCCGAGCUGGAGCUGGCGGAGCGGGAGCGGCGGCGGGAGCUGCUGCUGACCGGGCCCGGGCUGGAAGAGCGGGUGCGGGCGGCGGGCGGGCGGCUGCCGCCGCGGCUCUUCACCCUGCCGCUGCUGCACUACCUGGAGGUGAGCGGCUGCGGGAGCCUGCGCGAGCCAGGCCCGGGCCUGGCGCAGGGCCUCCCGCAGCUGCACAGCCUGGUGCUGCGGCGCAACGCGCUGGGGCCCGGCCUGAGCCCCGAGCUCGGCCCGCUGCCCGCGCUGCGCGUGCUCGACCUGUCGGGCAACGCGCUGGAGGCGCUGCCGCCGGGCCAGGGCCUGGGCCCCGCCGACCCGCCGGGCCUCCCUCAGCUGCAGAGCCUCAAUCUCAGCGGCAACCGGCUACGCGAGCUGCCCGCCGACCUGGCGCGCUGCGCCCCGCGCCUGCAGACCCUCAACCUCACCGGGAACUGUCUAGACUCCUUCCCCGCCGCGCUCUUCCGCCCCGGCGCGCUGCCCCUGCUCAGCGAACUGGCGGCCGCCGACAACUGCCUCCGAGAGCUCAGCCCUGACAUCGCCCACCUGGCCUCGCUCAAGACACUGGACCUCUCCAACAACCAGCUCAGUGAGAUCCCGGCCGAGCUGGCCGACUGCCCCAAGCUCAAGGAGAUCAACUUCCGAGGCAACAAGCUGAAGGACAGGCGCCUGGAGAAGAUGGUCAGCGGCUGCCAGACCAGGUCCAUCCUGGAGUACCUGCGUGUCGGAGGCCGCGGGGGCGGGCGGGGCAAGGGCAAGGCCGAGGGCCCGGAGAAGGAAGAGGGCCGCAGGAGGAGGAGGGAGAGGAAGAAGAAGGAGAGCGGUGAGGCCGAGGAGGAGGACGCGGACGGUGCCGGCAGGCUGCUGCUCAGGGUCCUGCACGUCUCCGAGAACCCCGCCCCGCUGACAGUCAGGGUGAGCCCCGAGGUCAGGGACGUCCGGCCGUUCAUCGUGGGUGCCGUUGUGAGGGGCAUGGACCUGCACGCCGGCAACUCGCUCAAGCGGUUCCUCACCUCCCAGACGAAGCUCCACGAGGACCUUUGUGAGAAGAGAACGGCGGCCACCAUCGCGACCCACGACCUCAGUGCUGUCCGAGGGCCUCUGCUGUACACCACUCGCCCGCCGCAGGACCUCAAGAUCAUCCCCUUGGGGCGGAGAGAAGUCAAGGCCAAGGACCUGGUGCGGCAGUUGCAGCAGGAGGCCGAGGAGCACAGGAAGCAGAAGAAGAGGCAGAAUGUCUCGGGCCUGCACAGAUACCUUCACUUACUGGAUGGAAAAGAAAAUUACCCUUGCCUUGUGGAUGCUGAUGGUGAUGUGAUUUCUUUCCCACCAAUAACAAACAGUGAGAAGACGAAGAUUAAGAAAACAACUUCUGAUUUGUUUUUGGAAGUGACAAGUGCUACUAGUCUGCAGAUAUGCAAAGACAUCAUGGAUGCCCUCAUUCUGAAAAUGGCAGAACUCAACAAAUACACCUUGGAAAAUAAAGAGGAAGGCUCACUCUCAGACACUGAAGCUGAUGCAAUUUCGGGACAACUUGCGGCUCCCAGAACGAGUUCCCAAGCUGAGAAAGACGCGCACUCCCCCCUGGUGGUGGAGCAGGUCCGCGUGGUGGACGAGGAGGGCCGCCUGAAGGUGGUCUACCCGUCCAAGACGGACCUGGGCACGGUGGCAGCUUCCCACGUGACCGUGAUCCGCUGAGAAGCCGGGCUGCGGCUCCGUGCCAGCAGGCUGCUGGUCACACGUGGUGUCACCUGUCUUUCUACAGGGGUUGUAUGUGGUGAUGUUAAGUUAUUUGUCAUGUUUUUUAAGAUACCUGAUUUCUUUGUUCAGUUUUCUGGACAAUUCUGUCGUAAAGGAGUGCCAUGUUGUCAUGUGCUUAAAUUGAUUUGCCUUUACAGCACCAAACUGAUUUUACUAAUGCUUUUUAUGAAAUUACUUGAAUAUCAAGUAACAUCAAUUUUACUUGAUCCAAAACAUCAAUAUUACUUGAUCCGAAUAUCAGUAUCGGAAUUAACUGUUGAAAGUGUUCUCAAAUCAUGUAGAGACACAGCAAAUAACUAUUUAUGGGGAAAAAGGACACUAUAAUUGGUUUAAAUGUUCAGUUCUAAAUUGAGAAGCUGAACGACAUGCAUUUUAUUGAAUUGCACAAUUAUUUUUCUACGAUAUAGCAUCUUUUAAAAUCAUACUGUGCCAGUAGCACAGCUUACAAAUGUGGAAUGACAUCAUAUUUUCCAGCUGGCAGCAAAUCGUAAUCUUUUUAUUAAAAAUUUUUUUAAUGUGACUUCAGAAUUGGCAAGAUCAUUUUUCGUAAUAUUGCUGUUGGAAGCUUUAGGGGAGCAGAGAUGCGCAGAGUCCCCUCGUGGCAGCCCCACGGUCUGAGUGCCCUGGGCCGCGCCCCCGAGCAGGGAGGGGGUCCGUGGUCUUUAAUCAUCAGAACCUGCGUCUCGAGGUCAACAUGCAGGUUUCCCCUUAGAAAGGAAGCCUCCACGAUGGGACAGGACAGUCCUGUUUGUCAACUGUCCCCCGGCGGUCGUCAGGGACUGCAGCUGUGAGGUUUUUGAAGCCAGGAAUCAGAGAGUGCGCCAGAUGAGUGCUGCUUCAGCAUUUUACAUUCUAGCUGUUUCCAGUUCUGAAUGUCUCGGGCUACAGACCGUCUGUGUCUGUCGUGUGCUCGUUCGUGUGCGGGAGCACACGCUCACGGCCUCCCUGAAGAGGUGGUUUGUGCUGGCCUCACUGCUUUAUCGUCUGGCUGGACAGGGAGAAGCUGCCUCAGCGGCUUCUGGCUAGUUCAUGACACCAUUUGAGUUUUGUAGAUAUGACAGACGAUUUUUGGGGGGCAUUUGCAAGAGCCCCGCUGAACCCACACGUUUAGCUGUCAGAACCAGACACAUAUGAGGCCCAAGACCCCACAUGUUGGGCAUACCAACGAAGCCACAUGGUUCUCCCAAAGCUCGGCCAGCCCACUUUGUAGGACACAGGUGGGGCUGCCUUGAGACCCGGACCUGGCUCUUGGGCCACCGCCAAGCCUUCCCAUCGGUCCCUGGAGGUGGCGGUUGCUUGGCUGGGCUGGAGUGGGUGUGCCUAAUAACAGCUUUUCCUUCUGUUUUGUUUCCCCCCCAAAACCUUCCAACGUCUGUGUGUGUUGGUGGCUCUGGCUUGUCAUCAUGACCUUUGGGCAGUCAAGGCUGCUGAUGCUAUGGCGGGUGUCAGGCAUGUGUGGGCAUGUGGGUCACAGCCAAGCUGUCCUCUUGGCUCCCAGGACUAAGGGUUCAGUGGCCAUGUCACAUCUGUGACCUUACUAAUGAAGCCACCAGCAUCUGCUGCUUUCUUCUGAUGCUUGAUUCCAUGUGAGAUUUGAAAAUGUAUUUAACUUAGAGCAGAAAACCUUUUUGACAUCUUUUUCUUUGCCAGUCCGACCCUCUAAUAAAAAAUAUUUAAUAAGAA